AUUGACAUUUCGUUGUGUGUAUUUGCAGUUGGUAGAAUAAUAUUUUUGCACUUUGUGUUUUAUGAGAAAACAGAAAACACUGUCAAUGUGACCUUUUUUCCAUAAUCUACUAUUGACAAAUUCCAGUUUGAGAUAAACUUUAGUGUUUGUGGUUUAUUUGUAGUCUGGCGGAAUAAUUGGUGCAAAUACAGUAAAAUUCACGUAAAAAAAAUUGAUGUAAUUGUUUGUAAUCUAGCUGUGUAAUUUUUCAUGACCGUAGUCCAGCUGUAGUCAGCUGUUCCCCAAGUCCAGUCCUGCGCAGACUGUAGGAGAAGUAGUGGGGUCGCAAAUGUUUGGACUCGUUGCAGCCAUGUUGAGUAGAAUUUCAGUUCGCAUCGAACGGUUGUGAAAGUUGUGCAUUGUGUGUCACAAAUUUACAACUUAUUUCCUUAUUUUUAUUUGCCCAAAUCUUAUUUUCAACCAAAUCCUCGAAAAUUACUUUACAUUGUCGCGUUUGUUUUCCGUUGAAAAAAUAAUCAAAGUGCGGAGUGGUGCAUUAACAUGACGGUGAAAUUUAAUUUAAUUACAAGUUCUCUUUACAAGGACUCGAAAUUAGCAUUUUACCACCAAGUUCACUCGUAAUUCGUCCAGUGACUCGUAAUGAAACUAGUGUGUAGUAGUAAGUCGACAUUUUCCGCACUGCAAGGAUAACAAGUAAUCAAAAGGCAUUUUUAAACCCGUCGACCGCGGUGGUGACUGAGGAGUAUACCGGGUGGGAAAAAAAAGCGUCGAACUGGUGCAAUAUUUGAUGGCUGUGGUGGGCCCCAGCCGCCACUCAAGGGUGUCCAUGUCUGUAUCCAUGAGUCUGAUGCAGGGUACCGCCGGCCCCACCGCCGGAGGGCAGCAAGGGGGCCUGCAUGCGGCGCAGCCCUAUUACCAUCCCCAACAUGCCGCGGCCCCGGCACACACCCAGGAACAAGUCCAACCGGACCGACCGAUCGGAUACGGAGCUUUCGGAGUCGUUUGGGCUGUAACGGAUCCCCGAGACGGCAGGAGGGUCGCCCUGAAGAAGUUACCGAAUGUGUUCGCAUCGUUAGUUUCAUCGAAAAGAGUGUUUAGAGAACUGAAAAUGCUUUGCUUUUUCAAACACGAAAACGUUCUUUCCGCCUUAGAUAUCCUCCAACCGCCUCAUUUAGAUUUCUUCCAGGAAAUAUAUGUAAUAACGGAAUUACUUCAAAGUGAUUUACACAAAAUUAUAGUAUCACAUCAGCCCCUUUCUUCGGAUCACAUCAAGGUUUUUCUCUACCAGAUACUUAGAGGUUUAAAAUAUUUACAUUCGGCUAGGAUAUUACAUAGAGACAUAAAACCUGGAAACCUUUUAGUAAACAGCAAUUGUGUUCUUAAGAUCUGUGAUUUUGGUUUAGCGAGAGUAGAAGAGCCCGACUCGUCCAAACAUAUGACGCAAGAAGUGGUAACGCAGUAUUACAGAGCUCCUGAAAUCCUGAUGGGGGCGAAACACUACACGGCGGCCGUGGACGUGUGGUCUGUCGGUUGCAUUUUCGGGGAAUUACUGGGCAGGAGGAUACUGUUCCAGGCCCAAAAUCCCGUACAACAGUUAGAAUUAAUAACGGAAUUGUUAGGAACGCCGUCUUUGGAUGAUAUGAAAUAUGCCUGCGAGGGCGCCAAGACGCAUAUGUUGAGGAGGGCGCCGAAACCGCCUUCAUUAUCCGCUUUUUAUACGUUGAGUUCGCAGGCGACGCAUGAAGUGGUCCAUCUGCUCUGUCAGAUGCUCGUUUUUGAUCCGGACAAACGUAUCUCGGUGGUGGACGCCUUGGCUCACCCUUAUUUGGACGAGGGCCGUUUGAGGUACCACUCGUGCAUGUGCAAAUGCUGCUACACGACCGCCAGCGGCAUGAGGCAAUACACGUCAGAGUUCGAAACGACAGCCCCCCAAGGAUUCGACGAUCAUUGGGAAAAGAAACUGACGUCGGUACAGCAUGUGAAAGAGGAGAUGCACAAAUUCAUAGCCGAGCAAUUGAAUACAAGUAGAGUUCCUCUUUGCAUAAACCCCCAAUCUGCGGCGUUCAAGAGUUUCGCCAGUUCGACUGUAGCUCACCCAUCCGAGUUGCCCUUCGCCCCACCAAUGGGAUUGACCAUGGGGUGUUGGCCGUAGAUAACCGCUCUCCUUUCUGUUGUUCAAUGAACGAUAUUAUUUAUAAGUAACAGUACACCAAAUAUAUUCAUUCAGGGAUUCUAUGCAAUGCAAAUUAUGGACAAUGGACAAUCGCGCUGCAACUUAAUCGUAGUGUGUGUUUCGUGUAAUUUAGUCGCUCAGAGUGUGAUUUUAUCUAUACCAUGUAGAUCAGCCAAUUAGAUACAGUGUACAGAUAUCACUGCCUUGAUUAGUAUAAUGGAUAUUUUAGAUUUUUAGUUGAAUAAGACUGGCAGGUUUUGUGUUGGGCGGUUGGUCACAUGUCGGUAUUCCACCGGAAAUCAAAAUUUUUCACUCAGUUGUCACUCCCGACAUCGAUUUAACUGCCUUGACGCACCAAGUUUCUCUCAAAUUUGGUAGUUUAAUUUAAGACUUGUAAGGUAAAGACUGUGAAUAUAGCUACAUAAACCCAGAAACGAUGUGCAGCUCCUUUCAUGUUAAAUAAUUGCCAACUUUACAUAUAAAUAGUACUGUAGUGUGUUCAGUGUGAAUUGUUAAGUGUGCAAUGAGAUACAGAGACUGGAAAAGUACAUUACAGCUCUCCUCUGUUCAUUAGUUGACGUUUUUUACUAAGCAGUAGUGUAAUGGAAGUGAAAUUGGUUAUACAGUGGCCUUUACUUUGUAUUUAGCUCAUUUGAAAUGUUUUGGAACUCUUAUUUGAAUGUGCUAUUACGAUUGGUUUAGUUAAUAGCACCGGCAAGCCUCCUACAGGGAAAUUAUUGGCUUUUAUCGUGCUUUUAUCUUUUGUAAAUAUAUAUUUUUAUUGUGAGAGGAAAUUGACACUAGAUUUAGAAUAAUUUUAGUAAAUUUAAUUUUUCUGUAGGAAAUUCAAUUUGUAGCUACUUUAAUUCUUUGUAAAUAACACGAACAGUACACAUUAAGUCACAAUCCUUUUUCGACUGCUAGUUUGCAAAUGAUUACGACCAAACAAUAAAUUAUUUGCAAAGUUGGUGAUUUGACAAAAAAUGUUGUAAAUAGUCAUGUUUACUCUUUCGUAGAUUUAGUUAAUUGUAUUCUAUUCUAGCAGAAAUUUACGAAAAAAUAAUAUUUUCAUGUCAGUAACCACAUGUAAAUAUUAUCCGGCGCUUUUCGAGUUCCAUUAGCAUUAUUUAACGAAUUUGUGUAAUUAUUCCAAUGGUUUUUCCAGAGAUCUCAUAACGCGUAUGUAAAUAUAUUUUAUAAAGGCACCUCUCUUGCUCAAUAUUAUUGCGCAAUAACUAUUACGCAAUACUAACUAACUACUUAUUUUAUUCAGUUCGCCCUUUAACGUUCAAUAUUAUGCAAAAUUCAUAUUGCAUGACAAUAUUGGGCGUGUAGGGCUGCCUUUAUUCAGACUUUUUUCGAGUAAUGGUCAGUCUAUGUUUACUUUAACUUAGUAUACUCUGAUAUGAAAAAAUAAACAACACUUACGAA